AUGCAGGACGAUAAAGGAGGCUACAGGCAGAUCAAUAAGGCGUUGAAUAUUUGUGUCUUUGAGGAUUACCUCAAGGGUCAGACUGCAGCACUUCCCUAUGUUCCAGAUGUCGAGCAGCUCACUGACAGAGUCAUUCGCAUCUUGGGCCAGAAUCCAGGAAAGUUUACCUUUCAAGGAACCAACACUUAUGUCGUCGGUACCGGUAAACGGCGGAUUUUGAUUGAUACCGGCGGUGGUGAGCCAGCAUGGGCACGGCUUGUUCAAUCAACCAUGGCGUCAAAGGGUAUCAGUCUGUCCCAUGUCCUUUUGACUCACUGGCACGGGGAUCACACCGGUGGAGUACCUGAUCUGCUCCACAUUUACCCUCACCUCCGGGACUCCAUCUACAAGAAUGACCCGGAUCAGGGACAGCAGGACAUCUCCGAUGGUCACAUCUUUCAAGUCGAAGGCGCCACUGUCCGGGCCAUCCACGUGCCAGGACACUCGGAAGACCACAUGUGCUUCAUUUUGGAGGAAGAGCAGGCCAUGUUCACGGGUGACAACAUCCUGGGCCAUGGCACCAGCGCGGUAGAAGACUUGGGUGUCUUUAUGGCUAGUCUUCAGAAAAUGUACGAUCAAAAGUGCCUGGUUGGCCACUCUGCUCAUGGCGUCACCAUCCAAGAUCUCCCAACCAAGCUCAGAGGAGAGUUGGAAGGGAAACUACGUCGCGAACGGCAAGUCAUGAACGCUCUCGGUCGGAUUCGUAGCCGUGGCGGGAGAAGUGUGGCGGUCAAGGAUCUCGUCACUGAGAUUUACGGUCAGUCUCUCGACGAAGAGACCCGUACUCUCGCAUUGGAACCCUUUAUCGACGAGGUACUGCGGAAACUCGCUGGUGAUGGGAAAGUCGCCUUUGAGAGGAGAGGCCGCGUAAAGAAGUGGUAUUCUGUGGCUGCGGCUCGAUUGACGCCGAGGGAGGUCAAGAUGCCCACGGCCGUUGUGGUUCAGGUCCAGGAGAUUUCAGUAGAGUAA